ACUGAUGGAGUUCCUCUAAUCCUUGUGUUUCUUCUCCCCAACCUCUCUAAAACACUUCUCUGAGGGAGAAACAGCUAUAUCUUGGGAGCUAAUAUAGCUUUAAGGAAAAAUUUGGCAGAUGCGGAUGUCCUAACAUCUGGCCAGUUUUAACAGAAUCCCGGAGGCCCAGACAGACCACGAGUCACUCGUUCUAGGAGUGUGAAAGUAGAAGGUUUUUCGACUGAUGAAAGAAGCAGAGAGGAAGGAGAAAGAACCAGGAGAGAAAAAGAGAGCAGAAAAUCCUAUAAAACAGAUUCCACAUUUCUGCUUCCUCUCACUUUUGGAAGCUAACUGAUGGCCGAUUUAUGAAAUUUAUUUUCCUUUGCCCUGGUACUUCUGGCCACCUACUCCUAUUCUUACCUCCCUAAUAAUCUCUACUCCUUAAAAGGAUGGCUGGUCAAAUAACUCAAAGAGGAGCUCUCUCUCUGCUGCUCUUCCUUGCUCCAGCAGUGACACCAACAUGGUAUACAGGUUCAGGCUACAACCCAGAUGAAAGCUACAAUGAAGUAUAUGCUGAAGAGGCCCCACAGGUCCCUGCCCUAAACUACCGAGCCCCCCGAUGGUGUUAUACAUUAAACAUUCAAGAUGGAGAAGCCACAUGCUACUCACCAAGGGGAGGAAAUUAUCACAGUACCCUGGGCACUCGUUGUGAUCUCUCCUGUGACCGGGGCUUUCGACUGAUAGGACGAAGGUCGGUGCAAUGCCUGCCAAGCCGCCGCUGGUCUGGAACUGCCUACUGCAGGCAGAUGAGAUGCCACACAUUGCCAUUCAUUACGAGUGGCACCUACACCUGCACAAAUGGGGUGCUUCUUGACUCCUGCUGUGACUACAGCUGUUCCAGUGGCUACCACCUGGAAGGUGACCGCAGCAGAAUCUGCAUGGAAGAUGGGCAAUGGAGUGGAGGCGAGCCUGUAUGUGUAGACAUAGAUCCCCCCAAGAUCCGUUGUCCCCACUCACGUGAGAAGAUGGCAGAGCCAGAGAAACUGACUGCUCGAGUAUUCUGGAACCCACCUUUGGUGAAAGAUUCUGCUGAUGGUACCAUCACCAGGGUGACACUUCGGGGCCCUGAGCCUGGCUCUCACUUUCCCGAAGGAGAGCAUGUGAUUCGUUAUACUGCCUAUGACCGAGCCUACAACCGCGCUAGCUGCAAGUUCAUUGUGAAAGUACAAGUGAGACGGUGCCCAACUCUGAAACCACCACAGCAUGGCUACCUCACCUGCACCUCAGGGGGAAACAACUACGGUGCCACCUGUGAAUACCACUGUGAUGGAGGUUAUGAGAGGCAAGGGACCCCCUCCCGUGUCUGCCAGUCUAGCCGCCAGUGGUCAGGAUCACCACCCAUUUGUACUUCUAUGAAGAUUAAUGUCAAUGUCAACUCGGCUGCAGGUCUUCUCGAUCAGUUCUAUGAGAAACAACGCCUCCUCAUCAUUUCGGCUCCUGAUCCCUCCAAUCAAUAUUACAAAAUGCAGGUCUCUAUGCUGCAGCAAUUUACCUGUGGACUGGACCUGCGACAUGUGACCAUCAUUGAGCUGGUGGGGCAGCCACCUCAGGAAGUGGGGCGCAUCAAGGAACAACAGCUGUCAGCCAGUAUCAUCGAGGAGCUCAGGCACUUCCAGCACCUUACUCGCUCCUACUUCAACAUGGUGUUGAUUGACAAGCAAGGGAUUGACCGGGAACGCUACAUGGAACCUGUCACCCCAGAGGAAAUCUUCACAUUCAUUGAUGACUACCUACUGAGCAAUCAGGAGCUGACUCAGCGCUGGCAACAAAGGGACAUGUGCGAGUGAACUUGAGUCAGGGCAUGGUUAACAUCAAGUGAAAAGCUCCCCUAGUUGGGUGAAACUGGGGCCUGAUAAAAGGAGGAAAUGGUUUCCCACAAUUCUAGGGACAGCACUCUGAGGUGGGUGAGGUCACCAAACCUGAAACAUUUCUAAGCACUUUUUUAGGGCUCUGUAAUAGUUUCUAUAAGUAAGCCUUUGCUUUAGAUAGCACUGGAGGACCAUAAGAAGCUAGGUAGGGACUGAGGAGAGGCCCCGGGCAGUGGGUUGGGGUAGAAGGUCUUUCUUUCCUAUCCUGGGCCUCUCCGAGCCCUUCAGAGUCUUCCAGAUAAGUAAAUCCUAA